AUGGAUACGGUACACAUCAGCUCAUUCGAAGCGCUUUACGAUGAUACUGAACUAGUUGACUUUGAGCUCCGCGGAGAAGAUGGAUCCGUGAAAGUGCAUAAAGCUGUCCUUGCAGCUUCUAGCCUCGUAUUGAGGCAAAAGCUCAGCGGCAGCUGGCGAGAGACUACAGAAGGUCACGUCGACGUCCCAGGCACUUCAGCACAGACGUUACAGCAUUUCAAAGAUUACAUAUAUUUGCGCAAGCUGCCCAAUACUGGCUUGGAGCAGAUCCUGCUUCUUGCUUCGUAUUAUAUGAUACCAAAAUUAGAGCAGAAAUGUGUAAAUAAACUGGUGAAUAGUUUGACAGCGCAGAAAACGUACGACCUGAUAGAGUUCGCUAUGAAACACAAAGUGAACAAGCUUAUACUGGCCAUUCUUGACUGGGUUCAGAAUAGAGGUGUGGAAGUCAAGGAUAUGCGUCCAUUCUUUUCGAGUUGUAAAGAUAAUAAGUGUGAAGAAUGA